AUGUUACCAUCUGCACUCUUAUUGGUCAUUUUGUUGGAACCGUUCACGAACUGCCAUUGGAAGAUAGCAUGGUCGGCUCCUCCCACACUCAACAAUGAUUGGCCAUCUUUGGUGAACCUGCAUCCCCAGCAGGCCUUAAGUGGUCAAGGGGUGCCAAGAAUCCCUGGGAAGUAUGCAAUAGCGGAAGGAUGUUGCAAAAAAAUUCAGAAUGGCCCCUCUAUGGUACUUAGACUUGGAACGCUCAAUGUUGGAUCAGUGACUGGCCGCAGCAUGGAAAUCGCAGAAAUGCUCGAGCGUAGGAUUGACAUCUGCUGCCUUCAGGAAACCCGAUGGAAAUCGAAUGGUGUCUGUCAUGUCAACUCAGACAAAGAAAAAUAUAAACUAUUCUGGAAUGGUCAAAAGACGGCCAAAAAUGGUGUUGGAAUUUUUGUCAGAGAACCGCUAGCCUAA